UGUGAAGGGAGUAGUACACAGCGCUGUAAGAGAUCUUCAGUUUCUUGGCAAUUUCUCACAUGGAAUAGCCUUCAUUUCUCAGAACAAGAACAGACUAACGAGUUUCAGAAGAAACUGUCAAAUCUAUCAAAAAGAGUUCCAACGAAAAGCAGGUGUUUCCAGGCCUUCUGCAGGGAUAUGGGGAGGGAGCACCAGCAGGUGUUUCAGGCCUUCUGCAGGGAUAUGGGGAGGGAGCACCAGCAGGUGUUUCAGGCCUUCUGCAGGGAUAUGGGGAGGGAGCACCAGCAGGUGUUUCAGGCCUUCUGCAGGGAUAUGGGGAGGGAGCACCAGCAGGUGUUUCAGGCCUUCUGCAGGGAUAUGGGGAGGGAGCACCAGCAGGUGUCUCCAGGCCUUCUGCAGGGAUAUGGGGAGGGAGCACCAGCAGGUGUUUCAGGCCUUCUGCAGGGAUAUGGGGAGGGAGCACCAGCAGGUGUUUCAGGCCUUCUGCAGGGAUAUGGGGAGGGAGCACCAGCAGGUGUUUCAGACCUUCUGCAGGGAUAUGGGGAGGGAGCACCAGCAGGUGUUUCAGGCCUUCUGCAGGGAUAUGGGGAGGGAGCACCAGCAGGUGUUUCAGGCCUUCUGCAGGGAUAUGGGGAGGGAGCACCAGCAGGUGUUUCAGGCCUUCUGCAGGGAUAUGGGGAGGGAGCACCAGCAGGUGUCUCCAGGCCUUCUGCAGGGAUAUGGGGAGCGAGCACCAGCAGGUGUCUCCAGGCCUUCUGCAGAGAUAUGGGGAGGGAGCACCAGCAGGUGUCUCCAGGCCUUCUGCAGGGAUAUGGGGAGGGAGCACCAGCAGGUGUCUCCAGGCCUUCUGCAGGGAUAUGGGGAGCGAGCACCAGCAGGUGUCUCCAGGCCUUCUGCAGGGAUAUGGGGAGGGAGCACCAGCAGGUGUCUCCAGUCCUUCUGCAGGGAUAUGGGGAGCGAGCACCAGCAGGUGUCUCCAGGCCUUCUGCAGGGAUAUGGGGAGCGAGCACCAGCAGGUGUCUCCAGGCCUUCUGCAGGGAUAUGGGGAGGGAGCACCAGCAGGUGCUUUAUAAUGCAGAGGUCCGCUGGCUUUCCGGUGGUAAACUGUUGGGUCGCUUUUAUGAGCUUCAAACAUUUCAAUUGUGAGGAAUGGCUCACCGAUGUUGCCUAUCUGGAGAUUAUGCUUGAGCAUCUGAAUUUGCUCAAAGCGAGGGGGCACAAUCGAUUUGAACGGACCAAAAUGAAAGACUUGCUAAGAACAUUGUGUAAUAUGUCACUGCAUGGGUAAUUGGAUUUCAGUAACAUUUUUGGUACUAUAAAAUGGAUUACCGUCAAAUGGAUUACAGUAACUGUACUGCUAAACAAAUUGAGGCCAGUAAGUUACUGUACAUUUUACAGGAAAUGUUUUUCAGUGUACGUUAGUGUUAGUAUCCCAAUCCAAAGUAACUGUUCUGUACUUUACAGCAUGUGUCAAAUUCAUUCCAAUGGAGGGCCGAGUGUCUGCAGGUUUUUGCUUCUCUCUUGUACUUGAUUGCUGAAUUAAGGUCAUAAUUAAUAAAUAACUCUCCUCACCUGGUUGUCUAGUUGAAAGGAAAAAACAAAAACCUGCAGGCACUGGGCCCUCCAUGGAAUGAGUUUGACACCCCUGCUUUACAGUGUCAGUUAGAGAAGGUUUACUGUGAUUGGUUCCCU